AUGACGAGUGGGGCUUUGCUGCAGGAGGCCUCGCAGGAUGAGGAGGCUUUACAGGAGGAGGAAGCCUUGCAGGAGGAGGAGGUCUUGCAGCAGGAGGAAGAGGCUUUGCAGCAGGAGGAGGAGGCUUUACAGGAGGAGGAGGCCUUGCAGGAGAAGGAGGCCUUGCAGGAGCGUAGAAGAUGCAUUUUCUCUGCUGAGAGCAGCGCAUAUCACUACUGA